AUGACUCCGAGGUUUGCCGCAAUUGCUUCAACGACGGCGCUUAUUGUGAUGAUAAUAUUUACAAGCCAUUUACUAUUUGGGUUUCGUCUGGUUGAAGUGGACAUGUCUGUUGAAUCAAACUCAACGGAAUCUGUAAAAUCCUACGCAUGUGUUGUUUCUUCCAGCGAAUAUGACAUGUUCUACUCCAACACGUGGGCACUUCUAGUCCUUCUUUUCCUAAAUGUUAUUCCAAUAUUUAUUAUUAUAUUCGGAAACAUUAUCAUCGCUGUGACACUUUUGCAACAAAAGUUUAGAUUAAGACGCGUGCAUUCCGAAACCAGCGGCGCCCACACUCGACAUAUUCCGAGAAGAAAAUCGCCAACGAGGAUAUUGUUUGUGAUUAGUGGUGUAUUUCUGGUGACCACCUUGCCGUACAGUGUAUACAUGGUAGUGCAAAGCGGUCUGGAGAAAUUAGAUGACCAUUCGUUUGCUAAACAUCAACUGAUCAAUGCUGUAGUUAUCAUGAUGGUUUACAGUAACUUCACGUUUAAUUUUUUCCUGUAUUUUGUCAGUGGAACUUUAUUCAAACAGGAAUGGAAACAACUUGUGAUGGAACUUAGUCAUAAGUUUAGUGGAUUUGCACAAAGGGCGAGAAUUCAAAGAGAAGUUAUAAAUAUUCAGCAUAUAACUUAG